AUGAGUGUUAGCCGAACACUUAGUUUAACAAGUAAACAUCAAUUAUGGAUUCUAUCUCAAUUUUCCCGUCUUGCUUCGACAAAUGCAUGGUGGUCCAAUGUCGAAAUGGGUCCACCUGAUGCAAUUCUUGGCGUUACGGAAGCAUUUAAACGUGAUACUAAUCCAAAAAAAAUUAAUUUGGGUGUUGGAGCCUAUCGUACAGACGAAGGUAAACCAUUUGUUCUUGAAAGUGUUAAAAAAGCAGAACAAUUAAUUACAACUGAAAGUCUCGAUAAAGAAUAUGCACCAAUAUCUGGUGUAGCAGAAUUUUGUCAAGCAAGUGCAAAAUUAGCUUUUGGUGACAAUUCACGAGUUAUUAAAGAUCAAUUGUUUGCUACUGUACAAGGUAUUAGUGGAACAGGUUCACUUCGUAUAGGAGCUGCAUUUUUAGAAAAAUUUUUUCCUGGAAAUAAAAUUAUUUAUUUACCAAAUCCAUCUUGGGGUAAUCAUACACCAAUUAUGAAACAUGCUGGGCUUGAUGUUAAAUCAUAUCGAUAUUAUGAUCCAAAGACUUGUGGUUUUGAUUUUAAUGGUGCAAAAGAAGAUAUUGAAAAGAUUCCAGAAAAUUCAAUUAUUCUUUUUCAUGCUUGUGCACACAAUCCAACUGGUGUUGAUCCUCGACCUGAACAAUGGAAAGAAUUAUCAUCUAUUGUUAAAAGACGUAAAUUACUUGUCUAUAUGGAUAUGGCUUAUCAAGGUUUUGCUAGUGGAAAUAUUGAUGAUGAUGCAUUUGCAGUUCGAAAAUUUAUUGAAGAUAAACAUAAUCUUAUGUUGGCACAAUCUUAUGCUAAAAAUAUGGGUCUUUACGGUGAACGUGUUGGUGCAUUUACUGUUGUUUGUCAAGAUAAAGAUGAAGUCGAACGAGUUAUGUCUCAAAUAAAAAUUUUAAUUCGUCCAAUGUAUUCAAAUCCACCAAUACAUGGUGCACGUAUUGCAGCUAAAAUAUUAAAUCAACAAGAUCUUCGUUCAGUAUGGUUAAAAGAAGUUAAACAAAUGGCUGAUCGUAUAAUAACAAUGCGUCAACAAUUAGUUGAUAAUUUAAAAAAGAAUGGUUCAAAAAAAAAUUGGCAACACAUUACUGAUCAAAUAGGAAUGUUUUGCUUUACAGGACUUAAUCAACAACAGUCUGAACGAUUAAUCAAAGAUUUUUCGGUUUAUUUAACAAAAGAUGGUCGUAUUUCAAUGGCUGGUGUUACAUCAAAAAAUAAUGCAUAUUUAGCUAAUGCUAUUCAUGAAAUGAAUUUAUAUCGUCUAGUUAGACCAUCUUCUUUUUUAUUAUCGAUUAUUCGAUAUAAUCAUCGUACAAUUCCCUAUCCUGAUAUAACACAUCCUGAACAAACAAUUCAUAUACCUGAAACUCAUGAAGAAAAACUUGCAUUACCUUUAGAACGACCACGUUUCAUUGAUGAAUAUUCAUUAAUAGGACCACCUUAUGGACGUGUUUAUGAAAAAAUUCCAUUUAAAUAUCGUGUUGAAAAAGGUCGAGCUUAUAUAUAUUGUGCAUGUGGUUGGGCACAUACACAACCAUUUUGUGAUGGAAUGUGUAAAAGUGUAUGGGGAAAUCAUGAUGUACGACGAAAUCCAAAAUUUCGACCAAUAAAAUAUGUUGCAGAAGAAACAAAAGAUGUUUGGUGGUGUAAUUGUAAACAAGCAAAAAAAAGACCUUUUUGUGAUGGAACACAUAAAGCAGAUUUUGUACAAAAACAACAAGCUGUUAAAAAUUAA